GUUGCUGAUCUCCUGGCCACUACUUUGAAUAAUGCCGUACAAAAUGCCAAUGCUGUACAGCGAACUACUAUUCAAUUGCUCUUUGACUGCCGAGUGCUUCACACUCUGUUUCCUGAUGAAAAGCUGAGGAAUCUUGUUCCAGUCAUAGAAAGUCGUAUCGACCCAUUUGAUUUGAGUCUUCUAUCGUCUCAUCUCUCUACGAAUGUACGAUUAGCCGUGAGUAGGUCUCAGCUGCUUUACUCUUGUUUACUUGUUGAUAUUGUGCCAACUAAAGAAGGACAAGGUUCUGCUCACUAUUCGCAGGUUGUGGAUGUAGUGCCAAAAUCAGAGUACUCUCAGCGGAUCCCGUUGAUCCCCAGAUUGGAUCGGACGGCUGGAGAAAGUGUCACGAAACGUGUGGAGGCGACAAGAGUGCCACGCAACAAACUGUUGGCCAACUCAAAUCUCAGCGUAAGUGAACGGCAGGCUAUAGAACUUUACGAGCAAAUCGUUGUUGACGAAAAAAGGGAUGUGAAAGGAGCUGGGCAUCCUUGCUCCUGGUUGACAGAUUCUGAGGUGGUUUCGUCAACCGAAGUGGAACAGCAUGGGAGAAGCUAA